CAUCUGAGGAAAGAUCCCGACGCCAUCCUGCUCCUUCGCUCCUGCCACUCGCCUCCCGAAUCCGAACCCCCUACACUCGCUUUCUCUCUCUCUCUCUCGAUUCGUUCGGCUCCAAUGGCGGAUCCCCACCCGCCGGAGGCCCCGGCGAACGGAGGCGGCCCGGCGGAAACCCUUGUCCCCGGCCCAGGCUCCAAGCGGCAGCGCCGCCCCAGCGUCCGCCUCGGCGAGAUCGGUGACCAGUCCGCUGCCAUCCCGUAUGAGCCGUACGUACGCCGUACUAAACACUGGAAGCUUCCCUCCGACCACCCCAAGCCCCGCGCCCACUUCCCCAAGGACCCCUUCAAGCACCCCUCCAAGACCCGCCCCCUCACCACCCUCGAACCCGAUGGCGACGCCCUCGACGCCCCCCCUGCCGCCGACGAUCGCGUCCUCCUCCCCGUCGACGAGAACUUCGACCCCCACGGCGCCGGGAUCAGGCGGGGGAGCCGGGACGGGAAGGCGUGGCGGGGCGGCGGAGUGAGGCGAGCGAGGUCGAGCUGGAUCCCGAAGGUCGACGUGGGCAACGAGGGCGCCGACUUGAAAUCGAGCGGCUGGGAGGACGCUGGCGAUGAGGGCUAUAGGGAUAAUUUGGAGAGUCCAUCGGAUAGGAAUGAUAGGCUGGCGGCAGCGAGGGUUAGGGUUUCGGAAAGCAGGGAUUGUGGUCCUUGGGCUGAGGGGGAUUUGCCAUCGGAGACGGACAAUAGGGAUUGGAACAACCAGAACGGGUGGUGGCACUCGGUCGGGGAUGGUGGCGUCCGAUCCUGGCUCAAUGGUUUGGGGCUGGGCCGGUACGCUCCGGUGUUUGAGAUCCAUGAGGUGGAUGAUGAGGUUCUGCCAUUGCUGACACUGGAGGAUCUGAAGGACAUGGGGAUUAAUGCAGUCGGUUCGAGGAGGAAGAUGUACUGUGCUAUCCAGAAGCUCAGGAAGAACGUCAUGUAAUCGGUUCGCUUGCAUGGACGGCAUUGUUCAGGGAAAAAGGAUAUUUUUGGAUGCCUGAAAUGCUCCUUUGUUCAGAUAAGUUAGGCGAAGAAGAGGGACCGGACCAGCGGCGAGGCAAAGGAUUCGAAGAUCAAAAAUCUCCAUUGGAGUGAUGAGUGCUGCCUGAGGGAUGCAAUUAGCAACUUCUGUUGUAUCGAAGGGUCAUGAUAUGUUCAGUGCUGGGCGAGUCAGGAAGCAAUUCUACUGCCUCCCUCGAACUCCAUAUUUGGUCCCGAACAUAUUGCACUGUCAAUGAGGGAGGAAGCUGGUGGCCUCUACAUGUAAUCACUACCUGAUUAGUUUACAUGGAUGUGUUAGAGUGGCAGAAGAAUGAUGACCAAGUAGUAAAUAACAGGCAUGAAUAAAUCAGUAAGCUUUGGACACCUAUUCAUCUCAAUUAGACUUUGAAAUCUUGUUCCAUGGUCUAUGUCAUCCCUGAAAUCUGACAAACUAUUUACGAGGUUGAAGAAUGAUGCAUCACUAAGAGGUUUUGUUUGUAAGUUC